UAGAGCCUCUGGGAGACGACAUGGGCUGCAUCGGAUCCCGGACCAUCGCAGUGGACACUGUGCCGGUACAUAAAGAUGGGGAUCAGUAUGACCGUACCGAGUCUUCCUUGGAAGGAGUCAAUUCGUCCAUGGAGGACACCACCUCCAUCCUGCCCCGCCUCAAGAGGAAGCCCCCCCAGGCCUACGGGAUCGGAGCCCUGGCUAAGUCCUCUCUGACAGGUGUGUCAGGCGUGUCUCGCUCCAUGAAGGACAAGGUGACCAAGCCCACCGCCAUGGCCCAGGGCCGCGUGGCCCAUAUGAUCGAGUGGCAGAGCUGGGGCAAACCAACCGCGGGGCCGACGGGGAGCGCGGGUCAAAACAACCUGCUGAGGGAGAAGGAGCGCCGGCUGGAGAACGACACAGCUUGGACUAAACCACUUUGCUGGGAUUUGAUCUUUUUGAGUCUCGAGUUGGGUCUCUCUCUCUCUCUCCCUCUCUCUCUCUCUCUCCCCCGCGGUUGUUCUCGCUCGCCCUCGCCAGGCAUCAUGCAGCAGUUCGCCAUCUCCGAGGCGACUCUGUUCGGCUGGACCUCGAUGGACGGGGAGAGCUCCAUGGGGGGGGGCGGCUCCAACCAGGGCAGCGUGGCCCACCUGAGUGAGGUCAACCAGGAGAGCAUCGCCAGCAGAGACCAGGUGCUCCACCACUCCUCGGCGGACGUCUGGCCUCACACCUACGUCUCCCAGGGCCUCUACUGCCUGUCGGCCUCCGACGCCUGGGAGCCAAUCAGCAGCCAGCCCUCGGGCAUGGCGUCCCCCGCCGCCGGCUCCUCCAUCAUGUCCAGCGGUGGCAGCGGAGCGGCGGGGACGCCCGGCGAGGGCUUCGAGGGCACGGUGGGCGGAUACCUGCAGCAGCAGCACCACGCCCACCUGGCCCUGCAGCAGCAGAGCCAGCUCCAUCAGCUGCAGCACCUCCACCAGUACCAGCAGCUGCUGCAGUACCAGCAGCUACAGCCGGCGGACCCCAAGCCACACAGCGCCUCCCAUUCCCUCCAGGCCACGCCCAACAGCACCAUCCACAGCCUCGGACCCCCCACCCACCCUCGGCUGGCCGACCUGUGGGGAGCCGCGCAGGUGGAGCCGCACCACGUGGAGGUCGUCGGGCAGCCGGCUGACGCGGUGGAUUCGGUCGGAGAGGAGGCGGGACUCAAGUCCGACAGCGUCCCCGAGUGGCACGACGACGAGGAGGAGGAGCCUACGAAGGUGGACGAGGUGACCUUGACUUUGACCUCGGAGACGUGCUCUUUGACCCCGCCCCCACCGAGGGAGGAGGCGCCCUCGAGCUCGGGACCGCCGGCGCCGAGGAAACCCUUCGAGGUCACGCCCUGCGUCGUCCAAUCGCUGGAGGAGUAGGACGAAAAGGGGCGGAGCUCUGCUGUUCGUCAUCAACACGGGAAAUAAAGACUCAAAUAUUCAAAUCAAGCUCCAUCAACUGUCAACUUUGAGUCGGAGGAAAUUACUUUUCAAAAAAGACGAAAAACCAGGGAUGUACAAAAAAAACUAAAUGUCGAGAAGCCCCGCCCCCGGAGGGAAAUAAGGAAAAACAAACAAAGGAAAGAAGGAUAUAGGACGGACAAGAGGAGGAAGGAAGGGAACUUGUACAACAAACAUGGAGGCUUCGAGGUCAAAGGUCAUAAACGUUACCCGGCCACUGAUUGGCUGAGCACUUUGAUCAGAGCCACUCCUGAAUGAAGAGCGUUGUGACCCCUGCUGGUGUAACACACUAUACACACGCACCAUAUAGCAAACAGCAUUUUAUAAUUAAAUACAAAUUUAAAAAAAAUGUAUUUGUAUGAAAGUAAGACCGUGUGUAUGAAUGUUGCUUUGUUCGUGUGUAAAAUAUAUAUAUAUAUAUUCUGGGAACCAGAUUCUUCAUGUCUGGGAACAUGAACAGACGACCUCGCGCUGUGCUGGUGGGGGGUUCAGGGACUAUAUUAUUUAUAUAAAUAAAUAUAUGUAAAUAAAUAAAAAUAUAUGAAUAAAUAUAUGUAUAUAUAUAAAUAAUUAAAUAUAUAUUUAUGUCUCCACACAAGUAUUAGUCCCACCUCCUGUCAUUUCUCAAGUGUGUGCGUCCUUGAUUCCUUUCCUCCCUUUAGUCCCCUACCAGCUAAAAAGACUCUUUACACACAUAUUCACGUCUUCAUAUUUAAAUGAGCACACGUGGCUCAUUAGAAUGCAGCAUGAUGUCAUCAGAGCUUGUUGGUUAAGUUUAGGCUUUGGAGGAUUUAUGUGCGUCUUAGGGCACAAAGUACAGGAGGCACGAAGUUUUAGUGACACCUGACUGUAGAACUGAGUCAAAAAUGAAAUGUCUCUUUUGUAAUGAAAAGUUAAAAGAUUUAAAAUUGUCUUUCGCAAUUUGUAAAGACACACAUUUA